UCCCCCAAAUCAGUACCAAUCCCCCAACCCACCCUCCUCUUCCCCAUGCAGCCGCCAUGGAUGAACUACAAGAUUGAGGACAACAGAGUAAAAAUUGGGAGGUUGGCUAGAGGAAGAAGACAAAGUUGGAGGAGGAAUCAUGUCGGACACUUGGCGUUCUUACCAGGCUCCCAGUACCCAGAAGUGAUGUUUGAACCAAGGCUUUUUCAAAUGGAAGACAGUGGACAGCAAUACCUGCACAUGAUUCCACCUUACUCGUUCACCACUCCAGUUUAUGAGUUUGCAACACCAUCGAAUGCUGCUCUGAGUCUUGCAUUGGCGUUGAAUGAAGUCUUCAGCAGGAACAUCUCAUACACAGAAAUGCUACUAGCUGCUGACUCCGAGGCUGCAUUUUUUGGUUCACCACACAUAAAUUGUUAUCCCGUUGGUGCUGAGGGGAGCGGCCUAUUGUUCAUUAUCUCUGAUAGUUUACGGACACGGACGGUGGCGACCAUCUUUCACUACACGACAUCGCCUUGGCCAGCUGCAGAAACCUAGCACCGUUGCCGAUUCGUCUUGGUUCGUCUCUCUUCCUUGCACUUUGGUUUCAGUCAUAGGCUUCUUGUGAGGAUAUAUCUUGCUUGCAAGGAUGUUUGUUCUAGCCACCACGAACCAGAACUGGAGUGCAACCCUGUGCGUCGUCCCCUUUCUACUUAAGUGAGAUUGGUUCCCUUCGGGGUUGCCUUUUGCCAUUUGGAAAACUUGUGAUUCUGAACCUGUGACUCUGCUCUUCUCCUCUGCCCUGAAACUCUGAACCUGCUGCCCUCUUUCUUCUCUGUAUUCUACUCUCUGUUAUCUGAAUUCUGUAUCCUGUGAAGAUAGAAAUACCAAUUUGGUGGGUGUGGAUGCUGAUUCUGAACAUAACUGUAUCGAAUUACUCUGCUGCAUUGGUGCCUCAAGGUACUAUGAUUUCGGCUGAAAAGUAGAAUAAUGACUCUGCGGGACAUGUAUAUACAUCUCUGCCUGCCAUAAGUAAGCAUGCAAAUAAAUUUCGGUAAGCAGCAGCAGACAUAUUCUUUGAAUUUUGUACCUAAUUAAACGAACAAAAUUUGAGCCACUGUAUUCUUUCCUACAGUACCUAUAUGUUAUUGUGCUUAUUUGGUAGAUGUUUAUUAGGUAUUGCUAUAAAUAUGAUGAACUCGGUUAGAAGGUUCUCGAAAGAGUGGUAACUUAUUAUAAUGGCUUUGCUAAAGAGUUAAACAACACCGUGUUGGUUGAUGAGUUGAAUAACAUUAUAUUAUUUCAUGCAGCUCCAUUACUGCUGUCAAAGUUAUAUCGUAUUUAUCUCAUGGAAUAGUCUACAUCUCUAGAGCCUUAGCCUAUUUUCAAAUUUGUAAAGAUACAUGAUUCCAUUGUAAGAAGCACCCAUUUUAGAGACUUAAAUCACAACUUUUCUUUAAUUUGGUUAAGUGAAACUAAUGAUUAUCAUUUAGUAUGCCCUGUUACACACCAUGAUUGGAGCAUGGAGCUCACUGGAACUGCAUGAAAGCUGUAAUGCUAUUUUAUUUAUUGAAUUUACUUAUUUUGGUAAUGGCACCCUCUGAUGUUUAUUUUAGAUCAAACAUGUACAACUCAAUGCGCACACACAAAGGUAAGGCUCUUCAGAUCCUGUGGUAGCAGCAUGAUGUCUCCAAGGAGGGAUUUUUGAGUUCUUGUGAGGAUUUCUUGGCUCCAACACUGGGUGUGAGGAUCUCUGAGAUUGAAGAUAUGCGACCGCACACUAUGUGACAAUCGGUUUAGAAUGCCCUGCAUCCCUUGCUAAAUUAUUUGACAAACUAUAAACAUCUAAGUUACUUGUUCAUGUGUGCAUUUGAAUUUACAUAGUUGUUGUAAGUAGGGAGAGUGGACUAUUGCACUGUGGUGUCUCAACAAUAACUCAGUAUGGCAGGACCAUAGGAGAGCAUCCUGGCUCCUAACUUGUAAGGAACCAAACUGUUACUUGCUUCUAUGUGAUUGAACCGUGUGCUUACACCA